GCUUUGCGCCAGUGAGGCGCUCCAGAAGUUUUGCCGCGGAAACAAGGUUAUUACUCAGUGAAAUGAAGGUGAUUCUGGAGCAACAGUAGAUUUCAGAGCUUACUCUGUGAGUCUCAGUACUUGAGUUACUUAAGAUCAGCCAAACUGUGAGAGGAACAACAGCUUCAUCAUGAUAGACUUGAGCCAUCUCACUGAGGAGGAGCAGGAGAUGAUCAUGAUGGUUUUAAAGAGAGAUGCCGAGCUGAAGAAAUCAGAGGAGGAACGAAUCAAACAAGUGCGGAAAGUUGUUCCUGAUGAAGACAGAUGCAAGUAUAUGACAGGAGAAUGGUUCUACGAGGUGAAAUCACAGAGACAUCAGGACAGAAUUCAUGGAUCCGACAUCAUCAUGGCAUCAAUGAAGCAAAAGAAACCCUCAGUUGUUGAGUAUUUAACUAAGUCAUGGGGUGGCGGAUCCAAGAGUGUCAAUAGAAAGAACAGUGUUGGUAUCAUGACACCUAAACAAGCUACAGAGUCCUCACAGCAGCCAAAAGAGAGGAAAAACAGUGACACAUCAGAGGCCCAGCAAGAAAGACUGAACACUGGCAUGAGAUCACCUUGCAAGCCAAGGCACAACCCAUUCAACAGUAUUCCAGUGGAGCUUGACUUUGAGGAGACUGACAGCCCGUUUACAAAUGGAGCAUCAGGAUCUGGACUCAGGAAACCAUUUGACAGUGUCUCUGAUUCACAAGUAAAACAUCAGGAAGCAAGUCAUUCUGAAGAUAAUACUGAGGUCUAUAACCCCAUAAACAACAGAGCCCCUCGUCAAAAGCCUGUGCCAAUGAAAAGGACCAAAAUCUACAAACCCCAGAGCUCUGUCUCAGACAGUGCCAGCUCUGUGUCCACCCAGAGUACUUCCACCACAGCAGGCUCAGGAAUCAGGUCCCCCCUUCCAAGCGGUAUCCUCAAAUACACCUCCAGCUGCAGUUCCAGUGAGUCGGCUCUCAGAAGCCAACUGCCACAACCAGUUGAAACACACCAUGUUCACAAAAACAGCAGUCAAGAAAAGGAUUCUGAAAAGAGAACAAUAAUUCUGGAAAGCAUAGAGAAAACACCAAUUAUUUCCCUGUCAUCAUUAAAGUUACCAAAAUCACGUUUACCAGUGAGAGCCUCAUUGCAACUUAUUGACCCUACACAGGCCAUACAAGAGAAACCAAAUAUACAACCUCGUCUCAGUCUGAGCUCCAUCACAAGAUCAGAUGAUAACAAGAAUGUGGAAAAAUGUUUAAAACAAAAGAGAGAAACAGAUAGUUGCCUUCCUCAGUCAUCCAUGGCAUCAGAGGGCCAAAAGAAAGAAACUGUUAAUUUUCAUCAUGAGAAUGCAAGGUCUGUAUUGACCACCAAGUCUCAAAAGCUAUUGGAUGAGAUCACUGCCCCUCAACCUAUACAGCACAAGUCUGAGAUAGUGGAGACUCCUAUGACCCUGUUUCCAAAGGAGGAAAUGACAAGGGUAGAAGAACAACUAAGGACUGCUGUUGAUGAGCCAUUUCCCAGCACCCUCAACACAGCAAAUACAUCCAAUAAGGCAGAUGUUUCUACUGAUACCCCUGUGCUCAAUGUAAAAAACAAGAAUAAUAUCUCAAAGCAAGAAGAUGCCAAACUGGCUAUCAUGACAGAUUCGCAUAUCCCCAAGCCUAGUGAAGAACAAGGAGAUUCCAUCACUAAAGUUCUUGAGUGGUUUAGCAAGAGCACAGACAGCAGUGAUAUGCUUGAUUUAGAGACAUAUGUGCAGGACAUGGAGGAGCAUACAGAUUACAUAAACUUUGAAGAUGAGGUUAAUAUGAGAGCCAAAAAAAGGGAUGAUGUGUACAUGAUCAUACCAUGCCAAAGUGAUGAGAUAUCAUCUGAAGUGAAUAAAGUAUUUCAAGAAGAGACCAGCUGGGGAGUGGAACAGAGUGUUGAUGAGCCUCUUGAGAAUGCUCCAAAAGAACGGAGAAGAUUAGAUUCCACCUCUCAGAAAGAAUAUCUCAUCAUGAAGCCUUCAAUUGAAUCUAUUAAUCCAAACGAGGUCACAAAACUGCCAGAAGCUAAUAUGUCUGUAGCUGGGAAAGUUAAUCAAAAAGAGAAAAAGACUGAGGCUUUUAUCAAGAGGGAGGUAGAGACCAAAGUCAACCUGGAAAGCACUGACAUCAAACUCACUCAACAAGAAUCGAAAGAGAGAACAAGCCUUGAAGAAAACCAGCGACCAAAAAUUACUAAUUUGAAAUCAUUCUGGGAGAAAGAAAACAUUGGUCCAAAGAUUUUGAUAAGUAGACCUAAUGAACCAGUUAAGAAUGAAGAUUUAAUCUCUAGUAAUGUGAGCAGAAAGCUAACUGAAGUUGUAGAUGACCACCAGGAAGCUGAACAGAGUUUGAGAGCAAAAUCUCAAGAACAUAAGAAAAAGAAGUCAAUAAACUUUGGGGACAUUUUAGACCUUGAAUAUUUAAGGAGUACCAACACAAUCCACAAGCCCCAGGCACCAGUUGCUACAGAUGAGUUGAAACACGUAAAUCCACCAUUGAACAAUCAGAAAAAAGACCAAAUUCUUGCAAGUGCUCCCUUUAACAAAGGAGUUCCCACACUUCCAUGUUUAAAAUCAUCCUUGCUAGCUAGUCAAAACGGGGAAAGCAUGAGAGGCACAGUUAGCAUAAGCAGCAAUGAUGGAGAUCCCAUCUCACCAAAGGAGUUAGAGGUUAAAUCUAGGGCAGCACCAAGGCAAAAUCCAGUGCCUCUUUUUAAGCAGAAUUCCCAGCAACAAGAGAAUAUGGCAGAGAGAAUCAAACAACUCAAGUCCUUUUGGGAGAGAGAAACAUUGGAACCCAUAAAAUAUAUGAAAUCCACUGCAGUUCAAAAUAGAUCCUCAAUCACUUCUGCUGCUAGUCUGAAUAAAAGAUUUACAAAGUCUGAGUUUGACCUCAGAUCAAUAGGCACUGAGUUUGAUGAUGAUCUUGAGGACAAUAAUUCUUCCAGAGGCAGAAUGUCUCCUAAUUUCUCAAUACGAAAGGAUAAGCCCUUUUCAACUGAUGGUAUGAGCACUUCACAGUAUAAGAACCUCCAAGACUUCUGGGGUGCAUCACCUACCAAGCAGCAUGGACAACGGUCACCCAUCCUUGGAAGUGGAAUUCAGAUAUCCUUGAGUCCACAUAGCAAAACAACAGAUAUAUCAAAAGAGACAGGCUUAUAUUCCUUUAUAGAUGUAACAUCACAUACAAGUCCAAAUGUUUACAAUAUCCAAUCAGAGAGAGCCAGUGUCAAAGCCUUUGCAAAUGAGACCCAAAGUACUAAAACAUCCUUGUUGUCCUCACCAGCCAAGACAGGGAAAGCGUUCCAAUCCCCUUCAAAGAAAAGGAUUACCACAAGACAGUCGCAUGUGGUCUCAGGUGAAGCAAUCUUCCAUGGAGUGUCUUAUUCCCCUCAGCCACUGAAGGGCUCUCAGACCUCUUCGAAAUACACAAUACAACCUAAACCUGCCAUUGGUCAAGAGUCACGACCUCUGCAGAGCAAAAGCAGCAAAGGCAGUCUAAACAGGGAAGCAAAUUCCAUGCGACGUGCCUCCAGCAUGUUUUCUGUAAACUCUGCAUUUGAGGAGCAAAGCCAGGGCAUUAAUCUUCAGUCCAAGAAGUCCCAGGGUCCCAUUCUGCACCAGGUCAAGAGGCCAACUGAAUGUAGCCUUACACAUUCCAGAAAAAUACAGGACGCUAGCUGUACACUGCCAAAUAUAUCCCCUGAUAUCUCUCGAGAUAGAGAAAAAAUCACUCCUAGAAAACCAUCUCGUACUUCUGAGGAUUCUGACUCUCAACCCCUCGCUAGGUCCUUUAUUCCACGUAAUUACCAGCAUUACCUUGGAAUCACAGAGAACAGAAGUAUCUACACUCCACCUCCAGUUACAGAGCAGGUGGAUGACUUUAUCUGCACUACAUUUACAACAUCUCCAGAGAUAAGUGCCAGCUGUAAAUGUUCACCCAUAAGAACCAGUACUCCAGUAAAGGGUUCCCCUGAUCUCCAAACCAGGAAAGGAUGUCUGGGACUCCCCUCUACCACACAAAUCGAUGAUGGUGAUGCCAGUCGAGAAGCCCCAAAGAGCUGUGCAACAGACACCUGGUCCCACACAAAGGGGAAUUUGAACCAUCUCACAGGUGACAAUGAGAAUCCUGUUCAGAGAGCUUUGAGACGGGCUGCAUCUAGACCUGUGUACCAUAGGAGCAUGGAUGAGAUCAGGACUCUUACUAGACAAGACCAAAAAAUCGAGACAACAGAUGACUCCAUACAGGACUCUAGCACACUUGUCCAGACCUCUUUUGCUACUGCAGACCCGGAACACCUUAAGCAACUCAGCAAAUCAGUGCCUUCGUUCCUACAGAAAGAGAGUGAUGGAGGAGAGAGUGACUCCGAGAGCAGUUCUCGCAGCGGCGUGCGACAGAGAAAUAGCAGACAAUUCUCUAACCUCAGCAACUACUCUGGUUCUGCCUCACUCUCAUCUGUUAGCAGCAGUGUUGCAAGCAUUUACAGCAGUGACUACAGCAGUGUUGAAGUUCAAGGGACCAUCCAAUUUUCACUGAAUUAUAUGCAAAGAUUGCGGGAGUUCCACAUCUUUAUCGUCCAAUGCAAAAACCUGGCAGCAGUGGACACGAAGAGGAACCGAUCUGACCCGUAUAUUAAAAGUUACCUCAUACCAGACUCUACCAAUCUGGGAAAAAGAAAAACUGCUGUGAAAAAGAGAACGCUGAAUCCUACAUACAAUGAGAUUCUGAGGUACAAAGUCCGAAUGGAGUACCUGAAAUCCCAGAUUCUCAACCUUUCAGUAUGGCACAAUGACACAUUUGGCCGUAACAGUUUCUUGGGUGAGAUAGAACUUGAUCUUUCUUCGUGGGAUUUUAACGACACCGAGAGGAAGUUUUUGUCUCUGAAACCAAGAAAUCUCCCCUCACAGACCACAAAUAGCCUUCAGCCCUCAGACUUGAGAGCUCAGAUGAAACUGGCUAUUCGUUUCCUGCCUCAGAUCUCCCUCUCUAAGAAUAUUCCAGGUUCAGGUGAAGUGCAUAUCUGGGUCAAAGACUGCAAGAAUCUUCCUCCCAUUAGAAGUCCAACUAUUGAUCCAUAUGUAAAAUGCUUUGUACUUCCUGACACCAGCAAAAAGAGUCGUCAGAAAACUCGGGUCCUGAAGAGGACGACCAAUCCCAUAUUUAACCACACCAUGGUGUAUGAUGGCUUUAGGACAGAGGACCUGAAAGAGGCUUGUGUGGAGCUUACAGUUUGGGACCGCGACCGUCUAGCUAAUCACCUGCUCGGAGGCCUAAGACUCGGCAUGGGCACAGGCAGGAGUUAUGGAGUACAAGUGGAAUGGAUGGACUCUACAGCAGUGGAAGUGGCUUUAUGGAGGAGAAUGAUGGAGUCACCCAGUGAAUGGGUGGAAGGCAUAUUACCACUGAGGCUGUUAACGACGACCAAAAACACUUGGAAAUGAGAUUAAAACGAACCAAAGAGUUUAUUAAAGAUGUACUAUUAUUAAAGUAUAUCUAUAAAAUUAUAUUUCUCUACAUUUUAUAUCUUGCAUUUGUCAUAGUUUAUAAUGAUUAGGUUUUUGCCAUCACUUAAAAACAAAUGUGUUUUUAUCUGAUUCAUAACAUUUGAUAUUAAGAAACACAUUUUAAUAAAUCAGACAAAGCCAUCUUUGGUUAUUGUAUGGUAUAGAUGCUGUGGAAGGGGUUUGUGACAAAUGUGCUUUAAAAGAAAGUUUUACACUGUGUAGAAAGUGUAGAAAGAUUUACACUCACAUGAGACUCCUUUCAUAUAUCAGAAAAAGAACAAAAGGCAAGAAAAAAAGGAGGUGGAAAGGCCUAGUAAAGGUGUUGUAUUCAAGGCCUAUUCAAGAACUCCUGAUUACUAGCUCCACCUAGUGGAUAGACUAGUGAAUUGAGUGACUAAUAUUGUGGCUUAAAGGGAUAUCUCACAAACAUUUGAAUUCUCAUCAUUUACUCACCCUCAUGCCAUCCCAGAUGUGUUUGACUUUCUUCCUUCUGCUGACAAAGAUUUUUAAAAGAAGAAUCUCAGCUCUGUUGGUCCUCACAAUGCAAGUGAAUGAAUAUCAAAUUCUGAAGCUCCUAAAGCACAUAAAAACAGCAUAAAAGUCAUCAUUAUGACUCCAAUGGUUAAAUCCUAAAUCUUUAGAAGUGAUAUGACAGGUGUGAGUAAAAAACUAUCAAUAUUUAAGCCCUUUUUAACUAUCUGUCAGGGUUUGCAGGAAGGAGGACCCAAAUGCAGGCAUGAAAUAAAGAGAUCCUUAUUAAAUGACAAUAAAACAGAACAAAAACUUUUACAAUGGAGAAAAACAGGUAAUAAAUAAAGAUACCAGGAACCAACUCUGAACAGGCUAGAACAACAUGACUGAACAGGGUAACGCACAAAAUGAUUCAACACAGGACAGAGCACAGGAGGGAACUAUAAAGAGGGAGAAAUCAAGAGGUAAACAAGGAGGCAAUGUCUAUAUGAGAGACAGGAGAGCGCAUAAACCUGACAGAAGACAUGUGCUCACACCAAACAUGAUGAUGAGACAUGGAGCAUGGGUAUCCGGAUCCCGACUCAGAAACCAAACCAAAUCAGACCAAACAAUCAGGAUCCAGACACCAUGCUCCGAACAUGUAAACACAGACAGGACAGAAGAGUGCAUGGCUAGGAAUAAACACCCAAAACCAUGUGCUCACAUGAAAACAUGGAACACGAGUGGAUCUUAACACUAUCAAUCUCAACUUUCACAUUCUUCUUUUUUUGUUUUUGGCAUUCUUUGGACUUCAGGGAUUAAAUAUUGAUCUGUUUCUCACCCACACCUAUCAUAUUGUUUCUGAAGACAUAGAUUUAAAGGGAGACUUCACCCAAAAAUAGAAAUUCUCUCAUCAUUUACUCACCCUCAUGC